UAAAUACCAUCAUGUGGCUUGGGCUGGCUUGACUGUCUCUUUGGCUCGAACAUCAUUCCGGUGGCAUCGAACGUUUUCCACAUCUUACGGCAGCGUGGAACGAUUCCAAAAGUCGUCGUUGUGUGUUGUGUGAAAAGAAGCAACGAUCCUCACCAACAAAGAGAGCAAACACAUUCAUCAUUGUCAUUUGAAAGCUGAACGUUCGUCAUGAUUCAAGAACAAUGAUAUCACAGUCGAAACCGCAACGAGAGGAUUCCAGCAUCAGCAACGUCAACAAUCAGGAGAAAACCUGAAAUCGUAACGAGGAUCCGAGUUCGAACAGAACAGGCGCCCGUUCAUUUUCGUUGCUACCCUACUAUUCAUUCACAAGCCACGGUGCCACGAUGCGAGCUUCCUCUUGUUUGUUGCUCUACCGAGCAGUGCUGGUCCUGUCCUUUCUGCUGCCAAAAAGGAUGGUAGUGGCGGAAGAGUUCCUGCCGCCAGUGCCCACUACGACAACAAAUGACAACUUCAUCCUACAUUUGCUCCACGCCAAUGAUCAUCAUUCCCAUUUAGAGGAAGAAAUAUUCACCAUCCCCCAGGAAGAUCUGCCCAACGUGACAGAUGAUGCUCGACGCGUCCGCUACGGUGGAUACCCUCGUCUUGUACGGACCUUUCGUAGGCUCAAGAAUACCUACACCAAUGUGCUCAAGUUGCAUGCCGGCGAUGCACUCACCGGUACAGGGAUGUAUCGAUUGUUUGGUGUUCAUGCCGAUGUCGAUAUGAUGCACGAAGUUUGCUAUGACGUCUUCAACAUUGGAAAUCAUGAAUUCGAUGACGGCGAUCAUGUGUUGGCAGAGUUCGUGACGCAUCUUACGGAUAUUCAUUCUCCCUGCCAAAACACUCGAGUCCUGUCUUCCAAUUUGGUUCCGGCUUCCACAUCUCCGCUCUAUCCCAUCAAAGAAAAAGGUUACAUUGCACCCUUUGUCGUUCGAAACUUCAAGGGAGGGCACAAGGUGGGAAUCAUUGGAGUCGAUAUACGCAACAAAACUCUCACAGGAUCUUCACCCGAUGAAGGAACGACUCUAGUCGAUGAACGACAAGCGGUACGACAACAAGUCCGUGCCCUUCAAAACAGAGGCAUCAAUAAGAUUAUUCUCGUCAGCCACAUGGGGAUUGCACGUGAUCUCAAUUGGGUGACAAGGAUUGAAGGAAUCGAUGUCGUUGUUGGGGGGCAUUCUCAUACGCUGCUGGCCAAAAAUGUUGGCACUGUACUCACUCCCCACGACCGAUAUCCAGUCGUUAGUCAGCAACAAACUUCGAGUGAUCCGCUGUGCAUUGUGCAGGCUUGGAAGUUUGGACAUGGGAUUGGACGGCUGAAAGUGGAGUUUGAUGCAGCGGGACGUGUCGUCAUGUGUGGGGGGAAUUACAUUAUCCCGUUUGAACCCGAUCCAGAUGCCUCCGUGGAGGAUGCAACGACAGUCACGAACUACUUGCACAAUAUGGGUCCAACCUUCAAACAUACAACACAAGAUAAACAGACGCUAGACAAACUGCAGGCCUACCUGGAUGCCACAGGAGAUGAUUUCUUCACACGACUGUUGACUUACGAAGCGGAUCCUUUGUGCAACGAAGCAAUCCCAGGGGAAGGAGGCAGCGAUGUUUGUGGACGACAAGGUGCAUUUACCAAUCAUCAUGGUGGCCCUGCAUGUAAUCUGGUCGCACAAGCCGUGUUGGACCGCACUGUUGAAGCAGAUGUAGCCAUUCAAAAUGCUGGAGGGUGUCGGUCCGACAUUCAAGGGGGCAACUUCAGCUAUGGUCAAGCCAUGGAAUUCCUGCCAUUUUCAGAUACGCUGGUGACUCUGGAAAUGGCUGGUUUUCAAAUUCACACUGUUUUGGAACAAGCGCUGGAAUUGGCGUUUAACGGGGAGUCGUCAGGAUCCUAUCCGUACGCUUCGGGACUACGGUUCGACGUCAACGCCAGUGAAUCAUUGGGUUACCGCAUCUCCAAUCUACAACUCAAUGCUCGGCUUCAGGAGGGGACCUGGAAUGACCUGGAUUGGAGUAGGACAUACACAGUCGUCACGAAUUCGUUCUUGGCUGCAGGACGGGAUGGGUACUUUGAAUUCAUCAACGCAGAAGGGCGGAGUGACACGAAUGUGACCUACUUGGAUGCGUUUGUCGAUUAUAUCCAACAGAUGGGAGGGAUUCAUGCACCCAAUCCGGAAGACAUGUCGACGCAGCAUUUUGUGGGGGACGAAGACGCGGCGAUUGUGGACGAUCCUUUGGACAAAUUUCCGAUGGACGUAAUCCAAGGCGACAGCAACGAGGAAGUGACUGGUCCCACUUGGGUCCAUGGCGGGGACGCAUCUGCUCAUGAUAAUAGAGACGAACACGUGGAAGACGAAGAAAUCAUCAUGGGCGGAUUUUUUGACGGGUCGUUGUCUUCAGAGACGAUCAUAGAUCAAGCAGAGACUAGAUCGUCUUCCUCGUCUUGGAUUCAAGCAACAACUUGGGGACUCGUACUGGCACAGUGUGGAUUGCUGUUGUUGAGACCAUACUUGAUGGACUAGCAGCUCUACCGGUAGCAGACGUCACCACACCCAAGCACGCCGCCGAAGCUGUUUUAUGUACCACAGGACAGAACUAUCAUAAUUUACAAUCAACCCGAUCCGAUUCCAGCUAUGUGGAUCGGAAUGGAAUGGAAAUGAACAACUGCGCUAUGGAAAUUGAGGUAUAGAGGCAUAAAUUUAGUUUAGAAACAACCGAGAUGUUU